ACGAGGGACACUUCAGAGACACCAGACCAGGUCCCCCAUGGGCUCCUGCUAUUGAUCAUUUACUACUAGGAAGUUAAUGAUUAGAUCUGGGCAGCUUCCACUGGAAGAGACGCUACCGUACCUCCAGAGCCUCCAGCCUGGCCUCGGCACUGUGCUCGCCCGUCACAGGUGCUCUCAAGACGGAGAGGAAGAGGAGGAACAAGCCCCUGUCAUUUAUUUGCAGUCAUCAUCCAUCAAUCUCCUAUUCAUUUUGACCAGAGAAACUUCAAAUGCUCCUCAGUGUUUACCUUCUAACAGAUCAUGGGACUGUAAGGAACUGCAUGAAGUAAUUACAGGACAAGUGAACAUGUUCAUCGUCACUGCUGUGAGUUUGUGUGUCAUCUCUCUCUGAUGGUUUUUGUGACCCGUUGAAAAGGUCACGGUGGGCGGAUAUGGGUCCCUGCCGUCUAACCUGACAUAAACAUCUCAACACAUCACAACAUAGUGCCACAGUGACUUGGGUGUCAAUGUGCUGAGGUGCGAGCUUUGCAUCAUUUUGGAUCAGGAUUUCGAGGUUCUGGUUCGCGUUCUGUGGAGAGGUGUGGAGCGAAGAGGAGGCAGGAUGGGGAGCUGGAGACAGAUGAUCACGAUCACCUUUUUCGUCUUGACGCUGGGAGACACUGCACUGGGGUCGAUACCAUGGAGACCAUGCACAGCAGACCUGCGGCCCCUGGACUUCCUGUCCCGCGUGCUUCCUCGUGACGCCGACCAACCAGCCACCUCCUUCACAGGACCUGGAGGAGGAGCCAGGGGAGGAGGGGGCGUGCAGCUGGUACAGGACGGUGGCCUGCGAGGGGCGAAAUUCGUCGGCCCCCACCGCUCCCUCAGCUUCCCCGCCUCACAGCUCUUCAUCAACUGCCAUCGCUUCCCUGCCGAGUUCUCCAUCAUCAUCACCAUGAAGCUGGAUCACCUCGCCCCAAAGGCGAGCGAGUACAUCUUCACCAUGGUGACAGACGUUGGCAACCGGCUGUUGCUAGGGCUGAAGGUCUCCAGGGACCGGCUGCACUUCCUCUUCCAGGGCUCGGAGGCCAGGAAGAAGCUCAGCUUCCGACGCGUCUCAUUGGCCGACGGCAGGUGGCACACGCUGGUGCUGGCGCUGAGUGGGCAGCACGCUACGCUCACCAUAGACUGCGGCAUGCCACUGGAGAUGGUUCACAAGAAGCCAUUCCCCACUGACCUGAGUACUGAGGGCUCCAAGAUCUAUGUAGGCAACCGGAAACGCUGGAAAGGAGUGUUUUCUGGUCUGCUGCGCCAGCUGGUUCUGUUGCCCGGCUCUGAUGCCACCCCGCGCAUCUGCCCGUCCAGCAACCCCAGGCUGGCAGAGCUGGCCGUGCCCGCAAUCUUCGGACGGCUCCCCGUGCAAGUCCGUGACAACGAUGCCACCCUGCCACCUUACGAGUCGGAGGUACGCGUGAUCAUGGGUUCGAAUCCCUCAUGCACGGGUGCAGAGAAGGGCCGUCUGUGGUUCGACAUCCAGAAGAAGGGUCUCUACCUGUGUGAUGGAGCCGCCUGGAUGCCCAUGCUACAAGAUCGUGAGCGUCUGGACUAUGUUGAUGAUCACCAGGACGUGUUCACCAGCUCAGAGACGUACGACAUCGAGGUGUUUCACGUUCCGUCCAUGGGCCUGUUUGCCGCCAUGGCUCACCGUUCUGGACGGCCCGGUUCCGGAAUCUACAGGUGGAACGCUGGCCGGUUCCAGCUCUACCAGAACAUCAGCACCUGUGAGGCGGUCGCCUGGAAACACUUCACUGUCGGGAAGAAGGUGUUUUUGGCGGUGUCCAACUCCCGGGGCCCGGUGGAGGGGGGUAAGGAGGUGUCGGUCAUCUACAAGUGGAACUUUAAGAAGCUGAAGUUUGUCCGCUACCAGAGCCUGGAGACGCACAGUGCUCGGGACUGGGAGGCCUUCACCAUACACAACGACACCUUCCUUGCUGUGGCCAAUCACAGAAAAGCAAAUGGCGACCACAACAUCGACAGCGUGGUGUACAAGUGGAACGCGGGCAGCAAGUCGUUCGAGGUGAACCAGACGCUGCUGACGUCGGGGGCGUACGACUGGGAGUCCUUCUCCAUCGGACCCUACCACUUCCUGGCCGUGGCCAACGCCUUCGACGGGGUCUCCACCUUCAUCGAGUCCACCAUAUACAUCUGGAUGGGCGGCGCCUUUCAGCCCUUUCAGUCUAUACGGACGCUGGGUGCGACGGACUGGGAGAUGUUCCGCAUAGGGGAUCGCUUCUUCCUGGCGGUGGCCAAUGGACACAUGCUGUAUGACAAGGGCCCCAGCCUGUACGCCAUCAACUCCACCAUCUACGAGCUGGACAUGCUCACACAGAUGUUCCUGCCCUUCCAGAACAUCGGCACCUACAGUGCAGUAGACUGGGAGUUCUUCACUGUAGGAGAUGACAAGUUCCUGGUGGUGGCCAACUCAUAUGACGGAGCCACCUAUUCACUAAACAGUGUCAUAUACAGGUGGCAGGGCUACGAGGGCUUCAUCCCGGUGCAUCGGCUCCCCACUAUAGGCUGCAGCGACUGGGAGUUCUUCUCCUCCUCAGAGGGGGCCUUCCUCAUCUACUCCAGCGCCAAGCAGCCGCUCUCCAAAGUCUUCAAGCUCAAGACCAACUAGAGGACGCACGCACGCACGCACACACACACACACACACACAGGGCUGCGGACAGCUUUGGCUAGGCCCAGGACAAAGUCAUCUGAUAGGGCCCCCUCACCCAACACAGGCAAUGUAAAGAGGACCCAAGUCUGGGCCCCCUCU